GAUCGAGUCUUCGGACAUGCUUUGAACACCGUCAACAAGAUCCGACCGGGCUCGCAGAAGCCGCCGUCAUCCGACCGCCUCUCGCUCUAUGGUUUGUAUAAACAGUCUAUGGAAGGCGAUGUUGUCCUUAUCGCAGACCGACCCUCCUCGCCUCAGCCCAAUCAAUCCUCAGAAUCUGUGAAGAAAGAGCAGGAGAAAUGGGACGCAUGGAAAGCCAACGAAGGGUUAGGCCGAACGGAGGCAAAGCGGCGAUAUAUCGAGAAGCUGAUCGAGACGAUGCACAAGUAUGCUUCCACCACUCCAGAAGCGAGAGAAUUGGUCGAGGAGCUUGAAUUCGUGUGGGACCAGAUCAAGAGCAAUUCGCAGCAUUCGAGCUCCGAGCACUCAUCACCACUGCAAACCAUUGAGCGAAGGGACUACAUGAAUUCUGGGAGUUCAGGCGGCAAUGGCGGAGUUAGUUCUGGUGCUGCAGCAAUGGAGGGCAGUGGGCGUAAUGGUGCCCUCAAGGUCCUGGCACCUUUGUCACAAGCUGAUGAAGACGAGCAAGCCGAAGAAGACCGCGAGGAAUUCGUUGAUGCUCCACGCCCACCACCACCCUCUCCCGCUGAUACACGCUGGCGGAAACGCAUCGAAUCGUCUCUGAUCAAGAUGACCACUGAGGUUGCUGCGUUGCGAGAACAAUUGGAAUCGCGCAGGCUUCUGAACUACCGACGACGACAUAGCUGGUGGGGGUGGAUUUUGAGGCUAGGUUGGUGGGCUACGCAGUUGGUCGUGGCAGAUGCAGUGAUCCUGUGGGUGGUUAUCCUUUACUUACGACGUAAAGACGAUCGAAGAUUAGAGACUGCCAUCAGG